AUGGCGGCCGAGCCUCACGGCCGAUACCUUUUCGCGGGCGACGUGGAAGGUCGCCUGAACCUGCUGUUCAAACGAGCCGCUGCGGUCAACAAAUCCAACGGUCCAUUCGACUGUCUCUUCUGCGUCGGCGCUUUCUUCCCGCCCGCCGAUCCCGCUUCCGCCGCCGCAGGCGGAGCGGACGGCCAAUCGGAGCUGGAAGAUUACAUCGCGGGACGCGCCAAGGCACCGCUUCCGACAUACGAUCCUGCCACGUACCUCUCGGGGCAGGCGGGGAGCACAGGGGCAGCGGUGGGGCGGCAGGAGCGCGCGGCAGUGGAGGCGCUGGUGGAUGCGGGGGCGGACGGGACGGCAAUUGAUGUGCUGCUCACCAACCAGUGGCCCAAGGGGGUCGCUGCUCUCACGCACCCCUCUCUGCUGCCCUCGCCACCGCCCGCCACGUCAGCGUCGGCGCCUGCCAGCGUGGACUGGGCGGGUGUGGGGUCGCCAGUUGCUGCCACGCUGGCCAAGGAGCUCAUGCCGCGCUACCACGUGGCUGGUGGCGCAGGUGUCUUCUUUGCCCGCCCGCCCUACAUCAACUCCUCCGCCACAUCAGCAGAAGACGCUUCCACGUCAGCAUCGGGCGCCGUGACGCGGUUCAUAGGUCUGGCCCCGGUGGGCAACAAGGCGAAGCAGAACCUCGCCGCCCCUGACGGUGCCGCCCGGGCUGCUGCCGCUGCUGCCCAGGCGAAGGCCGAGGAGGCCGCUGCGAAGCGCACCUUCUGGGAAAGUUCCGACGGGGGGAAAGGAGGGGGGGAGGGGGCGGUGAAGCCUGCGUGGGCGCUGAAGGUGGAGGAGGAAGAGGCACGGGGGGCGGGGGGGGCGGGUGAGGGGGAGCAGUACUGGCGGUACGCAGCAGGGAAGAAGAAGGCGCGGCGGGACGGGGGGCCGGGGGGAGGGGGAGGGGGCAGGGAGGGGCCUCAGGUGUGCUUUGAGUUGUCAGGCAAGGGCGUGUGCUCGCGGGGCGAUGCGUGUCGCUUCAUGCACGCACUAGACGACGGGUCACCGCUGCCCCGCAACCUGUGCUUCGAGCACUUCAGCAAGGGCACCUGCAGCAGAGGGGCGGAUUGUCGGUUUAGACACUCGCUGGCGGUGGAGACGCAUUUGGUGGUAUCGGUGGGCGAGCAUUGCUAUGUGGCCUUACCCAAGGGCCCCCUUGUGCCGGGGCACGUGCUCAUCCUCCCUAUAGAGCACUUCCCUAGCGUCAUCUCGCUGCCGUCAGACGCGCUGGCGGAGAUGUGGCGGUAUAUGGGAGCCCUGAGGAAGUGCUUUGAGGCACAGGGGCAGACGUUGGUGGCGUUUGAGCGAUUCCUGCAGCUCAGGGCAGCCACUCACGCGCAUGUCAAUGUGGUGCCCAUCCCACAGGACAAGGCGGACCAGGUGUUGCCUGCCUUCACUGCCGCUGCUGCCGCCCACAACUUCCAGUUCGCCUCCGUGCCAAAACCACCUGGUAAACCACCUGAAUCUGCAAGCACCUCUGUUUGA